AUGUCUGGACCUGAGGAAAGGGGUGGCAGAGGUGCUGGUGGCAGUGGAGAAGCUCAAGCUCAAGGCCAACCCCGUGAUUCAGCCAUGGCGCCCAUGCAACCAAGUCUUGGCCCACCUAGGGAUGAGCCUAGGGUGUUUGGGCUUGACAAGUUCAACGGUGACAACUUUGCUGAAUGGUCCUUCAAGAUGGAGAACAUCUUUGACCACUAUGACCUGCUGGAGGUGAUGGAAGGAACGGAGAAGCGCCCCGAGAACGACCCGGAGAAGAGCCCGUGGGUGCGGAAGAGCGCACAAGGCUAUCUCUUACUUGGGCAAGCGUUGGGGAGCAGUCAGAUCCGUCACAUCAAGCCAUUCCAGCGUGAACCAGAGAAAGGACCAAAGGCAUGGGCUGCUCUCAAGGGUGUACAUGCUCCUGCAACAGCGGCGGUAGCGGUGGUGUUGGAACGGCAAAUGGCGGCACUACGAAUUGAAGAAAACGAAGCGGUUGAAGAAGGGGUGCAGAAAUUCUUCGACUUGUUGACGCGGCUUGAGGGAGCUGAUUUGAACUACAGUGAGCUCCAAAAGAAGACCAAGUUGCUGGCCUUACUCCCAGAGUCAUGGUCCUCGCUCAUCAUCAACCUUAAUCGCGACUUGCCCCGCCUCUCGCUUGAAGACGUGAAGCGAGCUAUCCUUCAAGAGGAUUUCCGUCGCCGUGAGUUGGCGAGUGCGGAUGGCGCUGGGGCAGCGAGCAUCGGCCGUGGAUAUGGUCGAGGAAGAGGCAGAGGACGAGGGGGAGGAAGGUUUGGUGGCAGCAACUUCGGCGGAGGCCGCAGGAGUGGCGGUUACGGCAGCGACGACAAGAGCUACGGACGCGGUCGCGGCCGAUUCGACGGCGAGUGUCACUAUUGCGACAAGAGCGGACACAUGUGGCGCGACUGCUACAAACUCCCUGAUGGUUGGACCCCUGCUCAAGGCCAAGAGGGUAGAGGAGCAGGAGGAGGGAGAGGACGAGGCCGUGGAGGCCGUGGCGAUCGCGGUGGCGGAGCUGCAAACAUGAAGAGCGGAGACAACGACAAGGACCCGAGCGACGAUCGAUACCCGGGUCUAUUCUACUUCGUGUCGACGCAAGUACCGGCUGGUCCAGAGAAGGAUGAAGGCUUUGAGGAGCCAGCAGCUGUGGGGAAGGUGACCCUACACCCCCUGGACUAUUGGGUGAUUGAUAGUGGCGCUACCUAUAGCAUGACACCUCGCCCGGACUUGCUCACCGAACUCGAGCCGUCACCGGUGAAGCAUGUCACAUCGGCUUUGGGGCAGCGAGCAGAGGUGAAAGGCAUGGGCAAGGCCAUGUUCAAGGGUGCUGAUGGGAAGAUGGUGGGCCUCAAGAACGUGCUUUGGGUGCCCAGCCUUGCUGCAAACCUGAUUUCCGUGCGGCGGUUGGCAAAGGCCGGCAUGGACACGAACUCGAAGGGAGCCAAGACCUACACCGCAAGGCUUGGCGAUCGAAUUCUUUGGGACCUUCAUGAGGACAGGGAUGUCUACAACGAGAUGUGGCAGAUCCCAGUAGUCCUUAUGCCUAAGGAGAGGCAAGUGGCAGCAAGCAUCAGCACCAAAGGUGGAGCGGUUGGUAGCGGCGAUUGCGCGGACGGUCGCGCUAAGGAGGAGUCCAAGAAGUGCAAUCUUGGAGGGACCAGCAAGCUUGGUGAACCUAUGGAGAGAGGUGCAGCAGCCAAGGAGCAGCAAAAGGGUGAGGAGAACCCCGAGGCAGCAGCGGAGGAGGACUACGGAGAGAGUAUGUGGGGCGCUAUUACGAGCGCGGCAUUCUCCAAUCCAACUUCGGGUACGGGGGAGUGUGAUUGGCUCACCUUGCAUCGGCGCAUGGGGCAUGUGGCCCUGCCCAUCUUGCAGCAGCUAGUGAAGAAUGAGAUGGUUGCUGGCAUACGUGUGAAGGGGGAGCCCGAUGAGGUGCUUGGCUGCCCGACGUGCAUUCAAGCCAAGUUCACCCGGUUUCCGUUCCCUAGUUCGGAGGCAACGGCAAAGGCACCACUUGAUGAGGUGGUGAUGGACGUGGUGGGCCCCCUGAAGCUUGGAGCUGCUGGAGCUGAGUAUUUUCUCACCAUUGUCGACGUCUACACCCGCAUGACUUGGGUGUAUGUGCUGGCCAAGAAGAGCGACGUGGCUGAAACGUUGAAGACGGAUUGGUUCCCGAUGGUGGAGCGGCAACAAGACCGUCUAGUCAAGUCAAUCCGCACCGAUCGAGGGGGAGAGUUCCUGAGCAAGGAGUUUGGGUUGUGGCUGAAGAAGAAUGGUAUUCGGCACUCCCUCACCAUGCCAUACUCCCCUGCAAUGAACGGCAUCGCCGAGCGAGCGAACCGCACAAUCACGGAGGCGGCACGCGGGUUGCUCAUUGAAGCCGGGCUACCCGACUAUUUCUGGCCUGAUGCGGUGCGGAGCGCGUGUGUGGCCAAGAACAGAGCCUUGACUCAUGUGGGAGCAGACAAAUGGGUGCCCUAUGUGGAGUGGCUAGGAAGGAAGCCAAAGGUGGAUAUGCUUCGGGUGUUCGGGUGCAUGUGCAUGGCGCUCGUGCCUAAGCAUCUUCGGCACAACAAGCUUGGUGCCAAGGCGGUGUGGGCCGUGCACUUGGGCAUGGCUCAAAACAGCAAGGGAUGGCUUCUUUGGGACCCAUUCACCAAGAAGUUCUUGGUGAGCAGGGACUGCAAGUUCAUGGAGAACUUCAUGUACAAGGAUUGGAAGGCGGAGAAUGAGGCGAAGAUAGGCGUGCGGUUUGGGGAGGUGAAGAGUUCCGGUUUGGAGCAUGUGGAGCUGCCUUUGGAGCUGAGCAGCGGCAGCACAACCACAAGGCAAUCCUCCCUUGUGAAUGGGGGAGAGGAGGCCAAUGAUGCAGAGGAAGAAGAGGAGGAGGUGCAGCAAGCCUUCAAGUCCCUGCAGCUGAGGAGGAAGGAAGGGGGAAGAGGAGAGUUCAACCCCCUAAUAGGCUGA